GUGGCCUUGGAGAGUGCGGGAUGCGAGAGCCUCAAGUUCAUCUGCUUUGUCACUUCUGCUGCUACCACUUCAGAGAAUCCAGCUGUCUUGAACCCGGCUCGCUGACCUUCUGCUGACUUGAAUUCAGCACCCACACUGAGGCACCAGGAGCCACUAGAUGGAGUCUGCCCGCAGCUGUUCUGAGUUCUGGGCUCAGCCCGCCCCUCUCCAAGAUGGCUACCGGCCAAUCACCCUCUGCUGGGUGAGGUCUGAACCCCAGCCGCUGCAGUCCGCUGCGUCCACUGCUCCUUUCCACGGGUGCUAGGCCUGGAGGUGCCCAUGCCUCCCCUCGACGUGCUCAGGAGGUGCAGCGCCAGACAGAGCCGUGCCCUGCAUGCCCAGUGGUGGCCCCCCACAUCCCUGCCUGUCAGCCCAAGGAAUAGUUCCAUAGGAGACUGUGGCUGUCCCCUGGGCAGCUCAUGGGCAGCAACAGGGGCUCCAGGGUAUGGAUAGGCCCCAUCUGCCUGCCAUGCUGCCCUGUAGGCCAGCCCAGGAGUUCAGCUUCGGGCCUCGCAUGCUGCGGGAUGCCCUGGUCUCCAGCGAUACAGUGCUGCAACAGUGCUAUGCUGCUGCCUUUUCCCUGGCCGAGCGUCUGUUCCUGGCUGAGGCCUACAACCCACAGAGGACCCUCUUCCACCCGCUGCUCAUCUACUCAGCCUUUGACUGGCUCCUUAGCCGCCCCGAGGCCCCUGAGGACUUCGCCACCUUCCAUGCUGCCCUGCCACACCGCUCGCAGAGUCUGGCACGGAAGCACAUUUACCUGCAGCCCAUAGAUCUGAGUGAGGCGCCGCUGGGCUGCCCCCUGCUGGACUACCUGCAGAGCUGCGCUGAGGCCUUCUUCCUGGGCCUGCAGGUCAAGUGCCUGCCUUCUGUGGCUGCUGAGUCCAUCAGAUGCUCCUCACGCCCCCGCCGGGACUCAGAGGGGCUGCAGCUGCAUACAGAUGGCAUCCUGUCCUUCUUGAAAAACAACAAGCCGGAUGAUGCACUGUGUGUGCUGGGCCUCACACUGUCUGACCUGUACCCCUGCGAGGCCUGGAGCUUCACCUUCAGCACCUUCCUCCCAGGGCACGAGGUGGGCGUCUGCAGCUUUGCCCGCUUUGUGGGGGAGUUCCCACAGGUGGGGCCCAGCGCCCAGGAUCUGGCCCCAGUGGAGGCAGCAGUGGACAGCUCUGAGUCCCCGGUGCAGGCCAGAGGCCAGAGGCUGUGCUUCAGCGCCCUGGGGGUGGUACAGUGCUGCAAGGUCACCUGCCACGAGCUGUGCCACCUGCUGGGCAUGGGGAACUGCCGCUGGCUGCGCUGCCUCAUGCAGGGGGCACUCAGCCUGGAGGAGGUCCUGCGUUGGCCCCUGGACCUCUGUCCAAUCUGCUUACGGAAGCUGCAACACGUCCUGGGCUUCCAGCUCCUGGACAGAUACAAGAGACUCCACACCUGGACCCAGGCAGUAGCAGGGACAUGCCCCAGCCUGGAGGCCAGGGAGCCGUCCGUGUCCGAGACCACCCUGCCCGUCAGCGCUGACUCAGGCACGUGCUGUGAGAGCGACUCGGAGCCUGGCACCAGCCUGUCAGAGCCUGGCACACCUGAUGCCUGGAGUCACACCUUCCCAGAGGGGCCAGAGGAUGAGCUGAGCUCCCUGGCAGCCACAGAGGUGCUGUCAAGGCUUGGAGGUCCUGUGGAGGCCAUCGAGGAGCAUGGACAGUGGCUAGCCACAUGCAUUGAGGCCCUGGAGCGGGAGGUGGCUGAGGAGGAGCUGGCACAGUUGGACAGGGCUGUGGAUGCCCUGGAACCAUGGGAAAUGUUCACGGGGCAGCUCCCGGCUACCAGGCAGGACCGACCCUACUACAUCAGGGACAGUGCAGGGCUGCGCAAGGUCCUGGGGGACAAGUUCUCCUCCCUGAGACAGCGCCUGGGCAUGCGCAGGAUCGCCAAGGCAGAGUCUUCCCCCUGUCACUGGGAUGGGCAGGAGAAGUAGGGAGGCGAGGUGGCCUGCGGGGCUGAAAGCAUGCUCCCUUCCAGAGGCCAAUCAGGGUGCCUCCUGUAGGCCCUUUGGGCCCCUGCCUCCACCAUGGUCAUGGGCACCUGUGGUGCAGCACCCUCUGCCUUUGCCCUACUGGCCAUGGGACUUGCUGGUCUCUCUAGCCAGGGCCCCAGUGGCUGUCCAGAGGCUUGGCAUCUGCGCAUCCACUUCCCGGGGGAAGUGAUGGUUUGUUUCUGUGGUGCCCUCCUUGGAACUUCAAGGCACUACUACAUGGGUAGACUCCAAACCCACUGGGGCUACAGUUUCUCUGACAGCUGAUUCAGGAAAGGAGAGCAUGUGGUUUUUAAGGUUGAGGGCACGAAGGGAGAGGCCCUCGUUGUCCAUGGAGGCCACUGCAUGCCAUCACUAGCCGUGGGGGAAACAGACUGCAGUGACAUUUUGGGGCAAGUUUUCUGACAGGCAGCUGCACCUUUGAUACCAUUUAGGCCAAGGUGGGCAUGGGUGUCCAGCUCGUCUGUCUUUACAGAUAUUUUAUUUUGUGGUCUGGUUUUAUCAAUUCCUGAGUUGGGGGUGUUAAAAUCCAUCACAGCUGUAGAGCUGUCUGCCUCCCUUCACUUUGGUGUCACAUAUUUUGAAGCCUUUUUUGUGUGCACACGAUUGUGUUCCUGAAGUGUCCAGUCAUCAUUGGUGCCCCAGCCACAGUGUCAGUCACAGGGAGAGACACUUCCAUGGCAAAACCCUAGGCUUUUCCACCUGAAAAGAGUCAAGAGCAAUCGCUUAUGCAUUUGCUGACUGGGGAGUUGAGGCAGCUUUGAGGCUUCUUCGAGAAACAGCUCACAGUACACCUAC